UGACGUCAGCGCGGGCGGAAACUUUAAAAUUCAAACCGCCUUGGGUUGACGGAAGCGGACGCUCUGGUUUGGGCGGCUGUUUUCGUGUGCAGUCGUGCGGUUUACGGAAAGCUGGGCGCCGGGUCUCGUUGAGAAGCUGAGCGAAAGGUUUCGAGAAUGAAGCGCAGUUCAGUUUCCACCUGUGGUGCUGGCCGCCUCUCUAUGCAGGAGUUAAGGACCCUGGACCUCAAUAAGCCAGGCCUUUAUACCCCUCAAACCAAAGAAAGAUCAACCUUUGGAAAGCUGAGUACACACAAACCGACAUCGGAAAGAAAAGUCUCAAUAUUUGGGAAAAGGACUAGCGGACAUGGAUCCAGGAAUAGUCAACUUGGUAUAUUUUCCAGUUCUGAAAAAAUCAAGGACCCAAGACCACUUAAUGACAAAGCAUUCAUUCAGCAGUGUAUUCGACAACUCUAUGAGUUUCUUACAGAAAACGGUUAUGUGUAUAGUGUAUCCAUGAAGUCUCUGCAAGCUCCAUCCACUAAAGAGUUCCUAAAGAUCUUCGCCUUUCUUUAUGGCUUUCUGUGCCCGUCGUAUGAACUUCCUGGUACAAAAUGUGAAGAAGAGGUCCCAAGAAUUUUUAAAGCACUUGGGUAUCCCUUCACACUGUCCAAGAGCUCCAUGUAUACAGUGGGAGCCCCUCACACGUGGCCUCACAUCGUGGCUGCCUUGGUGUGGCUCAUAGACUGCAUCAAGAUUGAUACUGCCAUGAAAGAAAGCUCACCUUUAUUUGAUGAUGGGCAGCUCUGGGGAGAAGAGACUGAAGAUGGAAUUAAACACAAUAAGUUGUUUUUGGAGUACACCAAAAAGUGCUAUGAGAAGUUCAUGACCGGGGCCGACAGCUUUGAAGAAGAGGAUGCUGAGCUGCAGGCGAAGCUGAAGGACUUGUACAAGGUAGAUGCGUCUAAGCUGGAGUCACUCGAAGCAGAAAACAAAGCACUAAAUGAACAGAUUGCAAGACUGGAGGAGGAAAGAGAAAGAGAACCGAACCGUCUGAUGUCAUUGAAGAAACUGAAAGCGUCCUUACAAGCAGAUGUUCAAAACUAUAAAGCAUACAUGAGCAACUUGGAGUCUCAUUUAGCCGUCCUGAAACAGAAAUCGAAUAGUCUUGAUGAAGAAAUUGGUAGAGUAGAACAAGAAUGUGAAACUGUUAAACAGGAAAACACUCGACUACAGAGUAUCGUUGAUAACCAGAAGUAUUCAGUCGCUGACAUUGAGAGAAUAAAUCAUGAGAAAAAUGAAUUGCAGCAGACUAUUAAUAAAUUAACCAAAGACCUGGAAGCCGAACAGCAACAGAUGUGGAAUGAAGAAUUAAAAUACGCAAGAGGCAAAGAGGCGAUUGAAGCGCAGCUAGCGGAGUACCACAAGUUGGCUAGAAAAUUAAAGCUUAUCCCCAAAGGUGCUGAGAAUUCCAAAGGUUACGACUUUGAAAUUAAGUUUAAUCCUGAGGCGGGUGCCAACUGCCUUGUCAAAUACAGGACUCAAGUGUAUGCACCGCUCAAAGAGCUCUUGAAUGAAAGCGAAGAAGAAAUUAACAAAGCUCUGAAUAAAAAGAGGCAUCUGGAGGAUACUUUAGAACAACUGAACACCAUGAAAACGGAAAGCAAGAACACUGUGAGGAUGCUGAAGGAGGAGAUUCAGAAACUGGAUGACCUUCACCAGCAGGCAGUGAAGGAAGCUGAGGAAAAAGACAAGAAGAGUGCCAGUGAGCUUGAGUCCCUGGAGAAACACAAGCACCUGCUGGAGAGCGGGGUGAACGAUGGCCUCAGCGAGGCCAUGGAUGAGUUGGACGCCGUCCAGCGGGAAUACCAGCUAACUGUGAAGACCACAACUGAAGAAAGAAGAAAGGUGGAAAACAACUUACAACGUCUUUUGGAGAUGGUCGCCACACACGUAGGGUCUUUGGAGAAACAUCUUGAAGAGGAGAAUGCUAAAGCCGACAGAGAGUAUGAAGAAUUCAUGUCUGAAGAUCUCCUGGAAAACAUCAGGGAGAUGGCAGAGAAGUAUAAGAGAAAUGCUGCCCAACUUAAGGCUCCCGACAAAUGAAGAUAAACUAAUCUUUCAUAGAUAUAACAUAGUAUUUUAUCCCCAAAUUAUGAUAAUAUGGUAAAUUGACCUUUUAGACAGAUCAGACAGUUAAUAAAGUAUACUUGUAAAGUGUG